AUGGGAAAAGGAAAGCCUAGAGGACUCAACUCCGCCAGAAAGCUGAGAGUGCACAGAAGAAACAACAAGUGGGCAGACAAACAAUACAAGUCCAGACUGUUAGGAACUGCUUACAAGUCCUCCCCAUUCGGUGGAUCUUCCCACGCUAAGGGUAUUGUUCUUGAGAAGUUGGGUAUUGAGUCCAAGCAACCAAACUCCGCCAUUAGAAAGUGUGUCAGAGUGCAACUGAUUAAGAACGGUAAGAAGGUCACUGCUUUCGUUCCAAAUGACGGUUGUUUGAACUUUGUGGACGAGAACGAUGAGGUCCUCCUUGCUGGUUUCGGUAGAAGAGGUAAGGCCAAGGGUGAUAUUCCAGGUGUCAGAUUCAAGGUCGUCAAGGUUGCUGGUGUCUCCUUGUUGGCUCUCUGGAAGGAGAAGAAGGAAAAGCCAAGAUCUUAG